GGGGGCCGAGCCUGCGGGACAGCCAGCGCAAUCUGCUGGACAGCAUGGCCUCGCCGCAGCGCGGCCUGGCCGCCAGCCACGACCCGUCCACCUGGCAGAUGAGCAGCCUGGCGGAGGUGCAGGACGCGGACGGCGCCGCAGCGGGCGGCCUCGACGACGAUGACGGCGGCGGCGGCGCACAGCAGCAGCAGCAGGAUGACGAGCAGGACGACGAUCCGCUGCCGGCGAUCCUGAACCUCAAGAUCGCGGGCGAGGCCGUGCUGGGCGGCAAGCUGACCGCGUGCGGCCACUCCGUGUACGGCAGCUCGCUCUGCUACUUCCAGUGGGUGCGGCACAAGCAGGACGGCGCGGCGUACCUCAUCGAAGGUGCGAAGCAGCCCGAAUACCUGGUGAGCGCGGACGACGCGCGCUGCCAGAUCACCGUCGAGUGCCUCCCCGUCGACGACCGCGGGCGCAAGGGCGAGGUGGUCAACGCCGCGGCCAACAACGGCGAGCCCAUUCCCAUUGACGAGGCGACGUCCAGUUUGCUGACGGGGUACGCGGCGAGCGGCAAGGCGCGCUUCACGGUGCUGGACGCGCACAACAACGUGGAACACGAGCUGUGCAUCGAGCGGCGCAGCCUGGCCAUCAAGCGCGGCAGCCACGGCGUGAUCAAGGAGCCGUACAGCGGCGAGGUGCAGGCGGAGAUCGCGGUGAACGAGGCCACCGUGCUGCUCAUCCACAUCAGCGGCGGGCGGCGCAUGGACCUCGACUGCAUCGACAACCGCGCCCGCGACCUCGCCGUGCUCACGCUGCGCCACUUUGUCGACGCGCACCUCCAGUACCAGGACGAGAAGACUCGACGGCGAGGCUUCUUCUCGCGCCGAUGAGGGGCGCGCGCCGCCUCUGCCGUUGACAGGCAGGCUCGUGUUGCUCUUGCGGAUGCCGCUGUCCUGUACCCUUGUGAAUAUCCCGUAGCAGACCCACCGUGCGGGUGGUUCGAGUACUCCGUCCGACAGCCACGUCUACAGAAGUAUGUAAACCAAGUUUGGCAAGUGGAGAGUCCUUGCUACUGGAGCACGCGUCUGUCCCUAACCGGGGAUCUCAAAGCGAAUAGUUGCAAGGACGGGCCGCUCAUGCGAGCGGUGAGUCUCCCGUUACCAUACAAAGUCUGAGCUUAAAUUUGUAUUGCGCCUGAACUGAUUUCUUCCGGCCGUGCACGAUGAACUAGAUGUGGUGCGUGCAUGCUUUGUUGCUAAUGAAAUCGAUGCCUUUCGCGAGCUAAAGGGAGGGUGAGGUCGGAAUAUAUAUGAAGGCGUUUUACAUGCAGACGAGC